AUGGCCGAGGGGAAGAGCCCCGGGCUGGAGGAGCAGGCGGCUCCCGAGGGCAGGCAGUGGAUCGCCGCCUGUCUCUGCCUUAUCAUCAUCCUGACCACAGCGGGCAACUCUCUGCUCAUCCUCCUUAUCUUCACACAACGCUCUCUCCGCAACACUUCUAAUUAUUUCCUGGUUUCCCUUUUCAUGUCUGACUUGAUGGUGGGGCUGGUUGUGAUGCCUCCGGCGAUGUUGAACGAACUGUACGGGAGGUGGGUACUGGAGGGUGAGCUGUGCUCGGUCUGGUACUCCUUUGAUGUGAUGUGUUGUAGUGCUUCCAUCCUGAACCUGUGUGUGAUCAGCCUGGACAGAUACUUCCUCAUCAUCUCCCCUCUCAAAUACAAACUGCGGAUGACCUCUUGCCGAGCUCUCGUCCUCAUUUUCACCACCUGGACCCUGGCCGCCUUGGCUUCGUUCCUGCCCAUCGAGAUGGGUUGGCAUGAGAUGGACUUUGAUGCCCAGGCGCUCAACUCCACGCUGGAGCUGCGGGAGGAGGCGGCUCAGUGUCGCCUCCUGGUCAGCCUCCCCUACGCUCUCAUCGCCUCGUCCCUCACCUUCUUCCUGCCUUCGGUUGCCAUCUCCUUCACCUACUGCCGGAUCCUGCUGGCGGCCAAGAGGCAAGCGGUGCAAGUGGCUUCCCUCACCACCAACGUGGCGACCACCUCUGAUGAGCCAACGCAGCCCCGGGGAACUCAGAAUCCAUCAGCCAGAACCAGCGACAGCAGAAAACUCACCACCAAGCACAGUAAGAGGGCUCUAAAGGCGAGCCUGACCCUGGGGGUCUUACUGGGAAUGUUUUUUGUGGCAUGGCUGCCGUUCUUUGUAGCCAAUGUAACACAGGCGGUGUGUGAGUGUAUCCCUGCUCUUCUCUUUGAUGUCCUGACCUGGCUCGGUUACUGUAACAGCACAAUGAACCCUAUCAUCUACCCUCUCUUCAUGCGGGAUUUCAAGCGGGCCAUGGCCAAGUAUUUGCCCUGUUGCCGCCGCUGGUGGGAGCGGCGACCGAGUGUCGUCUCCUUGUCCAUGAGAAACUCCAACAGCGGCCCGCGUCUGGGCCCGGCCCCAGAGACAGGUUCGGGCGAGUCGGUGAUCCAGGUGAACGAACACAUCCUCCGGGCAGCCGGCAAGGACCAGCAAGGGGCCGGGGAGAAGGAGAUGGAGGCCACCGGAGAGGAUUCACUGCAGCUCUUCGAGUUGGAGCACACUGACCAGGAAUUCCAGGGUAACCCGCUGAACACACCGAUGGUCUAG